AACCCGGCGGCAGAGCAAAAAAAACCCAACAACCCCCCCCCCCAUUCCUCCGCCCUCCGCAAGCGCUGGAGGGAGGCCCAGGAGACGCAGGGGGAGCGCGGGGCCAGGGCUGAAGGAGAAAUAGCUUGAUCAGUUUGCCUGGGUGUGUGUGGUGAAGAGCUCAUUGAGGGAAAGCCAAGUACAGAGAUGAAGUUUGCACUUAGUUCUGAAUAUGUGUAUUGCAGGUGUUCCUGCUGACCAGCUCUGCCGAGAGUGGUUCUGACUCAGUGCAUGAUUAUUGGAAGAGUUAGUGAGGAGGAGUUAAUGCUACAGGACGCUGGGAGAACUCCCCCUUAGACAAGAGCUGCAGAGUGAAGAGGAAGCAAGUCCAGACCUGUCCAGAAUUUCCCGCUGCCCUCAGUGGAAAGAGAGUAAGACAGAGAGCGAGAGAGUGCAAGAGAGAGUGACUCCCACACAAUGCGGACCCUCAUCCUCCUCACGCUCCUGGCUGUUUUGAUGGUGGCAGCUUUCUGCUAUGAGUCCCACGAGAGUAUGGAAUCCCAUGAGUUUGUCAAUCCCUUCAUUAACAGACGAAAUGCCAACGACUUCAUGAGAGCUCAGCCGAGACGAAACCUCAUGGUGCAGGAGAGGAUCAGAGAACGCAAUAAGACCCCCCAGGAACGCCAGCGAGAGAUCUGCGAGGACUACAACCCCUGUGAGCGCUACGCCAUGCGCCAUGGCUACAUCGCUGCCUAUAAGCGCUACUUUGGGCAGCAGAGGAGGGGCAAGUUCGAGUAACAAGUUCUCAUUCCCGGUGCCUGGAGCCUGGGUUCUGUAUCUAGAAAGAGCGACGUCUCUGAAACCUAUUAAGUUGCUUGUUAACUGUAUGUUAUCCUGCCUGCCCUCUGCUUCACUCCCCGGUAACCAGGGAUUCCUAGAUUUUGUGUUAAUUAGCCCAAUGCCGCUAUAGAGGAGGUUGGACAGGAGCCAGGAUGUGGGUGUUUAUUAGAAAAUAAACUGCUGGUUUGAUACU